GUCACGUUUCCAUGGUAACCGAGCUGUGCAGCGUAGACAGAGGGAAGAAGGUCUCCAUGCAUCUAUGACCUAACUUAACCAUGGAGGAAACACAUGGACAGAUGGAUCCAGAGGUGAAGGAUGAGCAGAGGAGACCGGUCACUCAGGCCAAGCAGUGGGAGUCUGUGGAGUCUAACACAGAGAGCUUGGCCCAGGAGAGUGCCUACCAACAGCAGCUUCCCACGUGUGCUGACAGGGAGAACACUGAGGUUUCACAACAAGAUGACGGCGAAGAUGAAAAUCAGGGUUACGACAGCCUAGAGGAGUCGUCGGACCCCUAUGAGAGGAACUCCUGGCCCGUACAGACUGAAUAUCUGGACACACAGAUGGAUGAAAAAGAAAGAAGUCAGCUGCUCACCUCCUCUGACCUGUGCCACGACCCGAACCUGAGGGCCAACGUGAAGCAAAAUGGCCUCGUCUUUGAGAGCCUGCAGAUUCCUGCCGGGGAAAACAAUCAAGUCCCCAAAGAGGACGUUUCUGAGGCAGUGGAAAUAAAAGGGGGAUACAGGUAUAUUGUGGUCACAAGUCCGACUGAUGUGGCGACGCCGCAUAUAGCUGCUGGCAAGUCCAGUCAACCGUAUCACCUCCAUCCAGAAGACGACCAGACGAGCACGUCGACGUCUUCCCACUGUGACAGCAGUGUGGCACAAGACAGUUCAGUGGAGAACAGUAGCACGUCGUACACGACGUCAGAAGAAUCUCAGACAGGAGACGUCCAGGAGACGUCCUCCGAGGUUUCAUCCAACAAAAAGCAACACAGGCGGGACAUAGUGGACCGCAACAAAAAGACCCUGGGGCGCAUUAUGCCCAAACGUGGCUCCUAUGUGAGAAAGCACGCGUUCAAGGAGGCGAUGACAGACGACAUGACGGAGGUGCUUGAAGCUCUCGAAGACGCCACAGUGGCCCAAGACCGAAAACACGGCUCUGAGUCAGAGCACAACACACCUCCGUUACCGAUAAGUGAGAGUAAGGAAUACCACAGCCCGUCUGGACAGCAGCAGCAGCAGCGGCCUCCUGUCAUGGUCAAAGCCAAGAGAGGUUCCUUAAUACCACGGUCCACUGCUGUCUCUCAGCGUAAACCUCAGAAGAAACUGCCUUUACCCACUACCAUCAACGUCAACAUCAGCCUUAACAAUACGUCCCAACUUCUGCCACUGUUCCAGCCGACCGACCAGGACGCCAUAGUCAACUUAGCGUCUCCUCACGGUGGUCCUCACUUGAGCCCCGUGUCUGAACUUUCCACAGAGUAUCAGCAGAAAGCAAGCCCGGGGAAGUCCUCCCAUGUGUCGCGGGAAAAGCUAAACAUGGAGCGUAGCCCCGAACAAUGCCACAGUGUGUUGCAGUGGCCAUUAUCCUACGUAAAAGAGGUGCAGACUGAGCAGUUUACACAGAGUCUCCCCGAGACGCCGACCACUGCCGCCUCAUCGCAGAGCCGAGGCUCCUACAUGGUUCUUCCACCCAUAGGAAAGCAACUGACGGGCGGCGAGUCCAAGCUGUACUUCCACCAGAGUCUGAACACAGCCUACCUUAUCGACAGCCACAGCUCUGAGAGCUACCUGCUUCGGAUGGAGAAGGAGAGGAUGUUGAGAGCGUCUUACAAGGAGGCACACGUGUGGCAGAAAGGAGACAUAAACCAGCGAGACGUGCGCUCUGACUACACCAAUGUUGACAACAAAGCUGAGAAAAUGAAACGACAGAAGCUGUAUUCAAACGUGAUCCGCAACAUGAACAAAAACAUAAGUAGGAUUCCUUUUCUACCAGCCAAGGACCAGGAAGGCAGUGGCAGGAAGGUUCCCAGGGCGAAGGCCUUGGAAUAUGCCAAGACCAUAGCCAAACCUCGUGUAAAGCCUCAACUCAUCCAGAAGCAGGAGCACCAGCCUGAAGGCAUCGCUCAUCUCCUGCAGGGCUUAGACGUCUCCGAACUCAACAAGAUGGAACUCCUUAGAAAACGGCACGAAGAAGAAAAGAAGGCGGUGGCAUGCUUCAGAAAACAUGCCGUCUGAGGCAAGGUGCAGUUCACUCAAUUUUUACCCUAAUCACUUUAACGCAAUUUGCAAUGAAAUGGACUUUUAAAACACCUAAAUUACUAUGAUGCAACUGAAAGAAAUUGUUAAAGGUGUGUUUUGAAAAUUGGAUUGAGUAAGCUGACUAAGUUCUGAAGAACAAAGUAAGGGGUUGUGCAGACUGCAUCCAUACUUUUAACAUUUAUGUUUAAUAAUGCAUCAGAUCUACUGCGGAUACACCUGCCGUCCAGUAGUACUAGUAGUACUAGUAUGAAAACUCUGGGGCAGCGUUUUAGCCUGGAUGGGUAGGAAACGUUCGGAAACGACGAGGAUUGGUUCUUUUGAUCCACAAUUCUUUAUGAGCUCAGUUAACAAUUCCAGUUUCACCAUUCACCUCAUUCUCUGAGACUAAGCAAAUCACUACAGCAGAGAGAGUCAGAGUCCUGUUUACAUCUUCACUCACACACUCAUUGUACCUCAAUGAUCGUUUUUAGGUGUUCUGUAUCGUCUAAUCACUUCAGUGCCUUCAGCAGGUUUACAUGUUUUAUUUUGCCACUUCUGUCUUCUGAAAUCCUCCACAUUUGCAUACUUAAGUGUUAAGUAAUACACUAAUCAACCAAAUACCCAAGUUUAUUGUUCGAAAAAGAUGAGCUAAAGUGUCAAACGUAUACAAAUUGGUGUAGAAUCGCUGGUAAUUGUGUUCAUAAAACAACACACGCUCAUAAAACUACACCUAAAAAUCACCUGAACUAUCUCUAUGGGACCAUAAGGACCCACCUUUUUCUAUAUAUAUGCAGAUUUUUUUAUGUUACAUUUACAUUGAUUGAAGGGCGGUUUCACCCAUUUUUUUGGUCAAACAUGGUAAAGAGCAGUUCAGGGCUUUUUAUUUUCUUUGAAGGAAGUGACUUUGACUCUGACUUUUU